AUGAGUACUGGUUGGAAUUUUAAUUUUAAAAAAAAAAAUGGAAGAAGAAAAAAAGGUGACUUAAAAUACGUGCAGCUCUUUAGUAGAAGUGGCAUAAGUACUUUGAAAAAUGAAAAUGUUAUUUUCGAAAAAGGUUUGAAUUGUGGACCUGCAGGAAGAAAUGCAUUAAUUCGAUGGAUUGAAUAUAACUAUAAAAUGAAAAACGAUGAAGAGAACAGUUACCCUGCUGUUAAUGCUUGCAAAGUAUGGCAAAAAACACAAUCAUUUCAAGAUGUUGUAUUGUCAGGUUUGGUAGACUUUCUAAAAUUUUUAAACGUUCCAAAGCACGUAACAUAUAAAAAUGUUUUUGAUAAUUAUCUAUCUCCAAAUUUUAUAAACAAAAUUAAUUCUAUUGGAAAUUCUCAAAAAAG